UUGAAGCACUCUUGUGUCCUCCGAUUAACGUCCCCUAUGUCAGGGUCACGCUGUGUGUUCGGGAUGUAUCACAGAGUACCAGUGUGGGUAGUGAAGGGAGUAUCAGCAGUAGCAGUUCCCGGUAGGAGCAGGUGUGCAGAACAGGUGCUUAAGUUGUUCAGUAAUGGAAAUGUCCUAUAUUGUGACAAACACAAGUCUGACCCUGACGUCAAUGAUGCUACCAAACAGGGGGGGCAGGGCAAAGGGAGUGAGCCACCGGGCAAAGAGAACCUGAUGAACGUGAUUGGUGGCAUGAAGGUAGAAAUAAGCUCAAAGCGGAGGUUCCAGGCUUUGAAGAUGAGCAAGGCCAAGGAAAACAAGGCAGAACAAGUGGAAUCCAUGGAAAGUACAAGCAGCAUGUUCCAAAAAGCAGUAAAGCAAAGCAAUGAAGAGAGCAAACCACUCGAUGCGGAUCUCGUGGCUGCUGCCUCGGCUGUUGCUUCAUCACUUCCCUUCAACAAGAAACAGAUAGAAUCUGAGCUUCUCCAGCAACUUCGGAAACACGAACAAGACACAGACACUCAAAGGAAAGGGGAGAGUAGCAUCAGCAACCUAAUUUCAGACAUGAAGGUUGGAAAGCCUGGGGCCAGGUCUUCAAUUUGGCGCUCUAACCAAAUUCAGUUUGAUGAUGAUGGCCGCGGAUACACCCACGAUAGGGGCGUCACACACGAGCUGGCUGGUGUCAGAAGCAGGAGGGGGCUGUAUACUGGAAAGAGGCUGAGCAUAUUUCCUGUUUUUUCUGACUCUGAACAGCCAACUGGAACAGAGCCAUCGCCUAACCUGUGGGAUCUGGAACUUGCUAAUCAGAUAGCCGCUACUAAUGAGCAGCCUCCACGGAAUGGGUUUGAAGAAAUGAUUCAGUUGACUAAAGAAGGAAAACUCUGGACUUUCCCUAUUGAUAAUGAAGCUGGCCUUGAAGAAGAACAGAAGGUAGAGUUUCAUGAGCAUAUAUUCCUGGACAAGUACUUGGAAGACUUCCCAAAACAUGGACCUAUUCGUCACUUUAUCGAGCUUGUGAUUUGUGGUCUUUCGAAAAACCCAUAUAUCACUGUUAAGCAAAAGCAGGAACACAUUGAAUGGUUUCGGGAUUAUUUUCAGCAGAAAGAGGAUGUUUUGAAGGAGAGCGAUGUCUACCUCAACUAAAAAGGAGAGGGAGAUGAUCUGUUUGACUUUACAAGAAACAAUCCGAAAUGUGUCUAUCAUGUGUAUUGCAACUGUACGUCACUUAUGAAUAUAACACAAUUUAUGGAACUAUAAAUAGUGAUCUUUGGGAUUAAGGGGGCACAAGUAAAACCUGCAGAUUCUCAUGCUUUGUUAGCUAAAUGUAUAAACCAUUCAUUUGUCUCAUUCCCAUUAUAAACAUUUCAUGAAUAAAUAAACAUUAAUAUUUUUUUUGUA